AUGUACCGCCCCAAACCAACGCUAAGAGACCGACAGCAUCUGUACAAGCUGAUCAUCAGCCAGCUUCUGUAUGACGGCUAUACCAACAUCGCGAACAGCCUGAUUAACGAGGUGAAGCCACAGAGCGUGGUGUCGCCGUCUGAGCAGCUCAUGCAGCUCGCCAAGAUGGGGAUGGAGAACGAUGACAGUGCUGUGCAGUAUGCUAUUGGGCGCUCGGACACGGUAGCGCCAGGAACUGGUAUUGACCUGGAGUUCGACGCUGACGUCCAGACCAUGUCACCAGAGGCUUCGGAGUACGAGACCUGCUAUGUGACAUCGCACAAGGGGCCGUGCCGGGUGGCCACGUACAGCCGUGAUGGCCAGCUCAUAGCCACGGGCUCCGCCGAUGCUUCCAUCAAGAUCCUGGACACGGAGCGCAUGCUCGCCAAGAGCGCCAUGCCCAUUGAGGUGAUGAUGAAUGAGACUGCCCAACAGAACAUGGAGAACCAUCCGGUGAUCCGGACACUCUACGAUCACGUGGAUGAGGUUACUUGUCUGGCGUUUCACCCGACAGAGCAGAUCCUAGCUUCGGGGUCACGGGAUUAUACCCUCAAACUGUUCGAUUACUCCAAGCCAUCUGCUAAGAGAGCAUUCAAGCACAUACAGGAAGCAGAAAUGCUGCGUUCCAUCUCCUUCCACCCGUCGGGGGACUAUCUCCUGGUCGGGACGCAGCACCCAACCCUGCGGCUCUAUGACGUCAACACCUUCCAGUGCUACGUAUCUUCCAACCCCCGGGACCAGCACACGGAUACCAUCUCGGGCGUCAGCUACAACUCCAGCGCCAAUAGCUACGUCACUUGCAGUAAGGACGGCAGCAUCAAGCUGUGGGACGGCGUGUCCAACCGCUGCGUCGCCACGUUCGAGAAGGCCCACGACGGCGCCGAGGUCUGCUCUGCCGUCUUCUCCAAGAACUCCAAAUACAUCCUGUCCAGCGGAAAAGACUCGGUGGCAAAGCUGUGGGAGAUAUCUACUGGCCGCACGCUGGUCAAGUACACAGGCGCGGGUUUGAGCGGCCGGCAGAUGCACCGCACACAGGCGGUGUUCAACCACACGGAGGACUACGUUCUGCUCCCGGACGAGCGCACCAUCAGCCUGUGCUGCUGGGAUUCUCGCUCCGCCGAGAGGAAGAACCUGCUGUCGCUGGGUCACAACAACAUUGUGCGCUGCAUCGUGCACUCGCCGACCAACCCCGGCUUUAUGACCUGCAGCGACGACUUCAGGGCUCGCUUCUGGUACCGGCGCACAACUACAGACUAAAGGGACGCCAAAAAUAAGCCUUCCCAAAAGCCCCUCCCCCUUUCCAAGCAUCGCGAUGUAGAUACAUCAGCAACAGAGCCAGGGUGUUUUGCACGAUGAAGAUAAUGAAGAUAGUACAAGAUUAAAUGUUAAUUUAAGUUUCGUUCAGAGAGAGUUGACAAAGAAACCGUUUGAAUUGCACGGCGUUGUUUAGAAUUAUUGUUUAGUCACUGAAUGACAUUAGCUUAGGUACCACUACUGGAUGGCACCAUUUUGCUGUUUUCAACGGGUCAUCACUCUUAAAGUAGACUGAGAAUAUUUAGGUCAUGACAUCAGUCGGCAAGAUCUGAAUUUCAAUCGUGGUUUUUGUUGCUGAUGAAUAUCUAAAACUAGGUUUCAUCUGAUGAUUCUUUUGUUUGUUUGUUUGUUUUUUUAGCUGUAAUUAUUGGUCGCUGAUGUUUUUUUUCAUUAAACCAUAUUCAUGUACAGUGAAA